AUGACAUUGGGUACCUAUCCUGCGAUGGUGGUGAUCUUGACAAACUUCUUGGUUGUCAAGACCCCCAUGGUGUAUAAUACAAUCUACAGUCGACCCCUACUGAAUGCUGUUGGGGCAAUUCCAUCUACCUACCACCAAGUGACGAAAUUCCCAACCAGUCGUAGUAUGGGAAAUGUGAGGGGUGAUCAGCAGUCUUCGAGGAAGUGUUACAUUGACAGUAUAUGGACGAAAGAACCACCACCAGUGAUGAUGCUGGAUCUUAAGCCUCCAAGGGGACGGAUUGAGCCCCUCAAUACUACGAAAAAAAUUUUAAUGGCUGAAGGGCAUGAAUUCGGCAUAGGGGAAGACCGCGAUAUCCAAGGGAUUGAUCCUUCUGUUUCACAACAUCAUCUUGGUGUUUUACUGGGAGCUAAACUAAUAAAACAGAAGAAAAGAAACCUUACCCUAGAACGACAGGCUGUGGUGAAAGAUGAGGUUGAUAAGCUAAUGCAGGUAGGGUUCAUUAGAGAGGUACAUUAUCCCCAAAUGGUUAGCAAACGUUGUCCUGGGAAGAAGUUGAAUGGGAAAUGGCACAUGUGUGUAGAUUAUACCGGACUAAACAAGGUAUGUCCGAAAGACUCGUACUCUCUACCCAGAAUAGAUCACUUGGUGGAUGCCACAUCAGGUCAUGAUCGACUGAGUUUUCUGGAUGCAUUUUCUGGGUACCAUCGCAGUACUAGUGAAAGAAUAUCCAAAGAUGCAGAAGCCAGUUUACUACAUGGAUCUUCGCAUGGCGAAGGGUCCGGAGCAGGCAUCAUUAUGAUAGGACCUGAAUCUGAAGAGUUGGAGUAUUCGUUACGCUUUGAGUUCCCAGCAACAAAUAAUGACACUGAGUAUGAGGCAGUCAUCAUAGGUUUGAGUUUAGCAGCUCGACUUGGAAUAACAUCAGUUGACAAAUGA